AACACAGUCCUAAGUAGUGACGUCGUCUUCCUCUUAGUGACUGCUGUUAUCAAGAUGGCGCUGCGGCCAGGAUCUGGGGGAGGUGGCAGUUUUAUGUAUCCUGUUGGAGGAGGCUUGGGACCGCCGCAAGGCAUGGUACCCAUGCAGCAACAGCAGCAGCAGCAGCAGCAACAGCAGGGCUUCCCCAUGGUUCCUGUCAUGCAGCCUAACAUGCAGGGCAUGAUGGGAAUGAACUUUGGAGGCCAGAUGCCCCCAGGUGCCAUCCCUAUGCAGGGUGGAAUGGCGAUUGGGAUGCAGACCCCUGGGAUGCAGUUCUUGGGUCAGCCACAGUUUAUGGGUAUGAGACCAGCAGGACCCCAGUACACGGCUGACAUGCAGAAACAGAUGGCUGAAGAGCACCAAAAACGUCUGGAGCAGCAGCAGAAAAUGCUGGAGGAAGACAGGAAAAGAAGACAAUUUGAGGAGCAGAAACAGAAGCUGAGGCUGCUCAGCAGUGUCAAACCCAAGACGGGGGAGAAAAGCCGCGAUGACGCCUUGGAGGCAAUCAAAGGCAACCUGGACGGUUUCAGCAGAGAUGCAAAGAUGCACCCCACUCCAUCAUCUCAGACCCAGAAGCCAGGUGUUGGUGUGUAUCCACAACAAGAGCACAUUCAGACCAUGCUGCCCGCCUGGGUUUACAACGACAGCCUCGUCCCAGAAAUGUUCAAGAAGGUUCUUGAAAUCACCAUGACUCCGGCAGGGAUAGACACAGCCAAACUCUACCCGAUAUUAAUGUCAUCAGGUCUUCCCAGGGAAGCACUCGGGCAAAUCUGGGCAUCAGCCAACCGCACAACACCUGGCAUGCUGACCAAGGAGGAACUUUACACUGUACUUGCACUAAUUGGGGUGGCGCAGAGUGGCCUCCCGGCAAUGAACGUGGAAAUCCUCGGCCAAUUUCCUUCUCCUCCCGUGCCGAACCUGCCGGCUCUGGCUAUGGCCAUGGCCCCUGUCAUGCCUCAGCACCAGCAGCCCAUGAUGACCCAGCCCCCGGUCUCCAUGGCCAUGCCCACAGCAGCCCCGCCACCAGUCAUGCCUAUGACACCGGCAGCACCGGCUCAGCCACCCACAAACACAAAUUUCAUUGCCAGUUUCCCUCCAGCACAGGUAUCACAGGGAACCAAAGCCGAUGACGAUGACUUCCAGGACUUCCAGGAAGCUCCAAAGGCAGGAGGAGACCAAGCUUUCUCUGACUUUCAGGGGGAAUCGGGAGGAAGCUUCCCUACUACCAUUGCACCACAGCACCAAAACAGCACGCCUGCCUUGCUGACUCCAGUGUCUGGUUCCUCCUCCGCCUCCGUUACAUCUUCUGAUAAGUACGCCGUGUUCAAGCAGCUGUCUGUGGAUCAGCCUGCAGAGCCUACACCCCCUGCCUCAGAUAUUGGAGACAAAUACAGUGUAUUCAGACAACUCGAACAACCCGCGGAGAAGAAAUCAGUCGGAGAAGGAUUUGCAGAUUUCAAGUCUGUCGGCACAGUCGAUGAUGGCUUCACAGACUUUAAAACAGCCGACAGCGUCUCUCCACUAGACCCUCCAGAUCAAGCCAAGCUCUUUCAACCUUCCUUCCCCUCUGCUUUUCCAAACUCUCAGUCACUACAGCAGCUUCCCCAGCAACAGCCAGCAGUGUCUCUUUCUCAGCCCAAAAAUCCUCUCAACAUGGCUGACCUGGACCUUUUCUCUUCUAUAGCGCCCUCUGUUCCUGCCCCCACUGAGACAAAACCCAGCACAUUCCCUUCUGUGUCUGUGCCCCCCUCUCUCGUCCUCCUGCCAGGUGGAGCAAAACCUCCGGGAGGAGGGGCAGAUGAGUUUGGGGAUUUUGCCCUCUUUGGCUCCUCUUCUGACUCCACUCAAGCUUCAGCCGCAGGAGGAGCUGCCUCAGCACCUCAGGAUGACUUUGCAGACUUCAUGGCAUUUGGCAGCUCUGGUGGAGAGCCUAAAGGCGAGAGCAGCGCGGGUGUUCAAGGGGAAACCUCCACACAGCAGCGGUCUCAGCAGAGCUCUGACAAAUACGACAUAUUCAAACAACUUUCUCUGGAAGGAGGCCUCGCCUACGAUGACACCAAGGAGAGCGGCGCCGGCUCCUUCUCGUCACUCAAGAGCGACAACGACGACUUUGCCGAAUUUCAGUCCUCGAAGUUCUGCACAGCACUCGGUGCUUCUGAAAAGACUCUGGGUGACAAGGUGGCCGCGUUCAAACAGGCCAAGGAAGACUCUGCAUCUGUAAAGUCCCUCGACCUCCCGUCCAUCGGCGGGAGCAGCGUGGGAAAGGACGACUCUGAGGACGCGCUGUCAGUGCAGCUGGACAUGAAGCUGUCGGACAUGGGAGGAGACCUGAAGCACGUGAUGUCAGACAGCUCUCUGGAUUUGCCGGGUCUCUCUUCCCACCAGCCCCCUGCUACAGAAGGAGACGACAUGAAAUUUGACCCCUUUGGGACAUCGGCCCUCAGCACCUUGGCCAGCUAUGACUGGUCAGACCGGGACGAGAGUCUGCCCGGUGAGGUCAGAAAGCCACCGGGCUUGGAAGGAGCUGGCCUUCCAUCUUUAGUCCCCACACAGAGGAAGGAACUGACCUUUGGCAGCACUGAAAACAUCACAAGCAACUCCAUAGCAAACAUCAUCACCUCCUUCCCUGCAGAGGACAGUUCAUCAGCAGAUGACAAGUUUGAAGCCUUUGCUGACUUUGGCUCCGGCGACCAGGGCGGUGUCAAUAACGAGGAUGACUUUGGAGACUUUGCAAGUACUGUUUCGGAGAAGUCAGACUCGCCUGCUGCCAUUGCCGAGGCGGGCUCAGAGGGAAACCAGAGCGAGGCCUCCGAUGACUUUGGUGCCUUCCAGGGAGACAAGCCAAAGUUUGGCAGGUCUGACUUCCUCAAAGCCAGCGCUCAGGCCAAGGUCAAGUCCAGCGAGGAGAUGAUCAAGAACGAGUUGGCAACUUUUGAUUUGUCGGUUCAAGGUUCCCACAAGCGCAGUCACAGUUUGGGUGAGAAGGAGAUCAGGCGUUCACCCCCGUCUCCGGCGCCAGAGCAGCCCUUCAGAGACCGAUCCAACACCCUGAACGAGAAGCCUGCACUGCCCGUCAUCAGAGACAAGUACAAGGACCUGACUGGAGAGGUGGAGGAGAGCGAGCGCUACGCCUAUGAGUGGCAGAGGUGCCUGGAAAGCGCUCUGGAGGUCAUCACCAAAGCCAACAACACCCUGAACGGGAUCAGCAGCUCUUCUGUCUGCACCGAGGUCAUCCAGUCUGCUCAGGGCAUGGAGUACCUGCUUGGCGUGGUGGAAGUGUAUCGCGUCUCUCGGCGUGUGGAGCUGGGCAUCAAGGCCACGGCGGUGUGCUCUGAGAAGCUGCAGCAGCAGCUGAAGGACAUCAGCCGUGUGUGGAACAACCUCAUAGGCUUCAUGUCGCUGGCUAAGCUCGCUCCUGAUGAAAGCUCCCUGGAUUUCUCCUCCUGUAUUCUGCGGCCGGGUAUCAAGAAUGCAAAGGACUUGGCUUGUGGGGUUUGUCUGCUCAACGUCGACGCUCGCAGCAAGGCGUUCAACUCUGAGACAGACAACUUCAAACUGAUGUACGGGGGCCAUCAGUACCACGCCAGCUGUGCCAACUUCUGGAUUAACUGUGUGGAGCCCAAACCCCCGGGCCUCAUCCUGCCUGACCUGCUCUGAGCUGCCAUGGUAACACGGCAAGAGCUAAUUACCACCAGAUAGGUGGAGCGGCCACUCGCCUCACACCAAGAGCAAGAGGAGGACAUCUACAGUCACUGGAUUCCUCUAGAUUUUUUUUUUAUUAUCCUGAAAUCUCACCCAGACUGUGUUCAUUUGCAGAUCUUUUCCCUGAAUAGUCAUUGGUCGGUUCAUAUGGUUACUCUUUCGUUCAACCAUACAGGUCAGCAGUUGAGGUCAUAUUUAAAUCUGUUUUUAAUGCUGCUUUUGACAAAUUAUUUCUGCUGACUAUUCGUGCAGAAAUGCAACAACAUUAAUAAAUAUAACUAAUCAGUGAAUCCUAUUUAAAUUAUUAGGUGUGCAAUAUCCUUAUAACACUGGCAGAGGAGGUUUUUGCUUCUGUUUGUAUAUUUUUUGUUUGCAGUGAAUCAGACUUAAUGAAUCAUAAGUCUACCAUUGAAUUACUUGAAUUGUAUUUCUGUCUCGGGUCUGUUGGAUGAAACUCUGUGGCUGUUAUGGUUUUAAUGUCUUUUUGAAAAUCUUUAACAUUCAAACCAUCUCUGCUCUGCCGGAAGGCAGGCACCUCUCUUUCUCUGCAUUAUGUUUCGCUGCGUUGAAUGUCUUUUGCACUGUUUGUGAGGAAACUUUAACACCUCUUUGGGUAUUUAAAUUGUAUUUUGUAGGUGUUGGGGAUUUGAAGGGAAUCUGUUGUGACUUUCUGUGUUGUUGUUGUUGUGUGCAGAGCUGAAAUUCUGGAAGUAUUUACUAAUGCUGAAUUUGAACAGCAGCAGCAUUUUCUGUAUAUUACAGUGUCAUGCUGCAGCUUUGUAUUAAUCACCCAGCUGUAAUGUGAAUGUUAUGUAAAUAAAUGACGUGCAAACUGGUUAAA